AUCGACUCGACAGCCAACAUGUUGCCCAAUAUGGUUCAACUUAAGACAGCUGCUCUGGCUCUGCUCUUCGCUGGACAGGCGCUGUCCGGAACUGUCGAGUCCCGACAAGCCUCUGAGAGCAUCGAUACCAAGUUCAAGGGCCACGGAAAGAAAUACCUGGGAAACAUUGCUGAUCAUGGCACCUUGAACAAUAACCCUAAGACCCCGGCAAUCAUCAAGGCUAACUUCGGUCAACUGACUCCGGAAAACAGCAUGAAGUGGGAUGCUACUGAACCAAGCCAAGGACAGUUUUCCUUCGCAGGAUCGGAUUAUCUGGUCGAUUUUGCCGUGACAAACGGGAAACUGAUCCGCGGCCAUACUCUCCUGUGGCACAAUCAGCUCCCACCUUGGGUCUCUUCCAUCACGGACAAGGCGACCCUAACAGAUGUAAUGAAGAACCACAUCACCAUGGUAAUGAAGCAAUAUAAGGGCAAAGUCUACGCUUGGGACGUUGUCAACGAAAUCUUCGAGGAGGACGGUACCCUUCGUGACAGCGUCUUUUCCAAGGUUCUUGGGGAAGACUUUGUUCGGAUCGCCUUCGAAACAGCUCGUGCCGCAGACCCAGAGGCAAAGCUCUACAUUAACGAUUUCAACCUGGACUCCGCCAGCAGCCCUAAGUUACAGGGUAUGGUCAGCCACGUUAAGAAGUGGGUUGCUGCCGGAAUCCCAAUCGACGGAAUUGGCUCUCAAACCCACCUAAGCGCGGGUGCCGGUGCCGCAGUUUCCGAAGCUCUUAAUGCUCUCGCUAGUGCAGGAACGAAGGAGGUUGCUGUCACCGAGCUUGAUAUUGCUGGCGCCAGCUCUACCGACUACGUAAACGUUGUCAACGCCUGUCUGGACCAGCCGAAGUGUGUCGGAAUCACAGUUUGGGGAGUGGCUGACCCGGAAUCGUGGCGUGCCGACGAGAGCCCGUUGCUUUUCGACAGCAGCUACAACCCCAAGGAGGCCUACAAUGCCAUUGUAGAUACCCUCUAGGCGAGAUAUUUUCGAUCUCAAUCUGAAGCUACGAAUUCUGCUACUGAGGAUGCUGCACUACAGGUUGACGCGUAGAACCGAUGUUGUUGAGAUACAAGUGUGACGGUGAAGAAUGGCUAGGAAAGCUAGGAAAGAAUGUUGUGAUUAUCGUUGAAGAAUAGUGUAUUCGAGGAAAUACUCUCGCUUUACCAAAUACAAUCGGAAGGUUUUUUCUAGUUGAAC